UCCGAUAGCUAAAAGACACAUUUGGGUUUAUAUAGUUUUUAAGCUUAGUCUUACACACCGUAUUUGUUGUUACCUACUGCUAGCUAAAAAUGCUGCUUUGAUAUGUAAAGAAAUACAGAGGAGAAGCAGCUUCUGGUGUAUUUUGUAUUUAUGCGUUUGGUACGUGGUCUCGCCUCCCCUCCCAAAGACUGUUCCAGAAGUCACGGCGCGUGGCCCCAUGCUACAUGGUGCCGUGUCUUUGUGAGACUUCUAUAUCUCAAUACCUUAGCAGUGUCACGGAUACCAGUAUCUGACGCCUGAAAUGUCUACUUUGGGAACCCUCGCCUUCGAUGAAUAUGGGCGUCCAUUCAUCAUUAUCAAGGACCAGGAUAAAAAAUCCCGCCUGACGGGCCUGGACGCUCUGAAGUCUCACAUCAUGGCGGCGAAGGCGGUGGCAAAUACGCUGAAAACUUCUUUGGGUCCCAACGGUCUCGACAAGAUGAUGGUAGACAAGGAUGGCGAGGUGACGAUCACCAAUGAUGGGGCCACCAUCCUCAGCAUGAUGGACGUGGAUCACCAGAUCGCCAAGCUGAUGGUGGAGCUGUCCAAGUCACAGGAUGAUGAAAUUGGAGAUGGAACCACCGGUGUAGUGGUACUUGCCGGCGCCCUUCUGGAGCAAGCUGAGCAGCUGCUAGACCGAGGGAUCCACCCGAUCCGCAUCGCCGACGGCUACGACCAGGCAGCCCGCAUCGCCAUCAGGCAGCUGGAUAAGAUCGGCGACAGCUUCCUUGUGGACCCCAAUAACACAGAGCCCCUCAUCCAGACAGCCAUGACAACCCUCGGCUCCAAAGUGAUCAAUCGCUGCCACAGGCAGAUGGCCGAAAUUGCCGUCAACGCCAUUCUGACCGUGGCGGACAUGGAAAGGAAGGAUGUCGACUUCGAGCUCAUCAAGAUGGAGGGCAAAGUGGGCGGGAAGCUGGAGGAUACGCAGCUAAUCAAGGGCGUCAUUGUGGACAAGGAGUUCAGCCACCCCCAGAUGCCCAAGGUUUUGAAGGACGUGAAAAUCGCCAUCCUCACCUGCCCGUUCGAGCCGCCCAAACCCAAGACGAAGCACAAGCUGGACGUGACGUCCGUGGAGGACUACAGAGCCCUGCAGAAGUACGAGAAGGAGAAAUUCGAAGAAAUGAUCCGGCAGGUUGGUACGGAUUUGCGUUUGCGUCGUGUCCUUCCAGAGGCACGACCCCCUUAGUUGGGGUUUUACCUCUGGGUUGGGGCUGCUUCGGGUCCGCAGCUGAUUGCCAUCGCCACGGGCGGCCGCAUCGUGCCCCGCUUCUGUGAGCUGACCCCCGAGAAGCUGGGCACCGCGGGGCUGGUGAAGGAGAUCUGCUUCGGCACCACCAAGGACCGCAUGCUGGUGAUCGAGGAAUGCCAGAACAGCAGGGCCGUCACCAUCUUCAUCAGGGGCGGCAACAAGAUGAUCAUCGAGGAAGCCAAGCGUGCCCUCCACGACGCCCUGUGUGUCAUCCGUAACCUGGUACGCGACAACCGCGUCGUGUACGGAGGCGGCGCUUCUGAGAUCGCCUGCGCUCUCGCCGUCAACCAAGCCGCCGACAAGUGCCCCUCCUUAGAGCAGUACGCCAUGAGAGCGUUUGCCGACGCCCUGGAGAUCAUCCCCAUGGCCCUAGCAGAGAACAGCGGGAUGAGCCCCAUUCAGACCAUGACCGAGGUCCGUGCCAGACAGGUGAAGGAGGACAAUCCAGCGUUGGGAAUCGACUGCCUGCAUCAGGGCACCAAUGACAUGAAGCAGCAGCACGUGAUCGAGACGCUGAUCGGCAAGAAGCAGCAGAUUUCUCUGGCCACUCAGGUGGUGAAGAUGAUCCUGAAGAUCGACGACAUCAGGAACCCGGGCGAGUCGGAGGAUUAAUGCUGGGUCUCCCUCUGCCAUGUCUGCUGCCCGUCGCUGGGCGUGAGCAUGUCCGGUUAGGAGGACGGUUAUUUAUUCCCUGCCAUGUUAACCUUCCAAGCUGUAAUUGUACGGAGUUCAGAAAUAAACUGAGACGUCAUAAAUCACUUUCGGCA